AUGAAUAUCAGGUCAUUCCUGCUAUUUGUAGUAAUGCUGAGCGCAAUACAACAGGGUCCCGCAGUAUACCGGGGCCUUGUAUGCGUGGAGCCCGAGCCAGGAUAUGUCCAAAGACUUUACCACUACUUCACCGCAUCGGAAUUCGAGAAAGUUUGUCCAACACCUGCCGAUAUUACACUGAGAAUUGGAAAUGAGAUUUUGUUUACUCUCCUCUGUACCCUUGUAAGCUUACUAUUAAGGAACACUCCAACCAUUGGGAGGUUUGCCAGAAAGGGAUGCUCAACCACGAUGUCGAUGAUCCAUGAAUGGAGGACUCGUCCUUCACGCUGUCCUCACUGCGGAACCGUUCCAUGCCAAGUCAAAAGAAGAUCCUUGUGGAAGCCAUCAGGAUCUCGGAAGAGUGACAAAGCCAACUUCGCACAGAGGGCAAAAGCAAUGGCACUGUUCAACUAUGGACUCGAGUUAUCCGUGGUGCUUACCAAAGAGCUUCCCCUGGAUGACCUCUACUGGCGGAGGAAAUUCUGUCACCAGUUUGAAGAGAAGCACAUGGUGCUGUUUCCACUUUGUAUCCAGCGCCAGAUCAACUAUUGGUACCCAGUUCCUCGCUAG